CGAAAGGGGCGGCCCUGGCGGAGCUGUGAGACCCAGCGGCCCCCGGUGACUAUGGACCCGGCCGAGGCGGUGCUGCAGGAGAAGGCGCUCAAGUUUAUGUGCUCUAUGCCCAGGUCUCUGUGGCUGGGCUGCUCCAGCCUGGCGGACAGCAUGCCUUCGCUGCGAUGCCUGUAUAACCCAGGGACUGGCGCACUCACAGCUUUCCAGAAUUCCUCAGAGAGAGAAGACUGUAAUAAUGACGAGCCCCCUAGGAAGAUAAUACCAGAGAAGAAUUCACUUAGACAGACUUACAAUAGCUGUGCCAGACUCUGCUUCAACCAAGAAACUGUAUGUCUAGCAAGUACUGCUAUGAAGACUGAAAAUUGUGUGGCCAAAACAAAACUUGCCAAUGGCACCUCUAGUAUGAUCGUACCCAAGCAAAGGAAACUCUCUGCAAGUUAUGAGAAGGAGAAGGAGCUGUGCGUCAAAUAUUUUGAACAGUGGUCAGAGUCUGACCAGGUGGAAUUUGUGGAACAUCUCAUAUCUCAGAUGUGUCACUACCAGCAUGGACACAUAAACUCAUACCUCAAACCCAUGCUACAGAGAGAUUUCAUAACUGCCUUGCCAGCUCGAGGUUUAGAUCACAUUGCUGAGAACAUUUUAUCAUACCUUGAUGCCAAAUCACUGUGUGCCGCUGAGCUUGUGUGCAAGGAGUGGUACCGAGUGACAUCAGAUGGAAUGUUAUGGAAGAAACUCAUCGAGAGAAUGGUCAGGACAGACUCUCUAUGGAGAGGCCUGGCAGAACGGAGAGGAUGGGGGCAGUAUUUAUUCAAAAACAAACCUCCUGAUGGAAUUGCCCCUCCAAACUCUUUUUACAGAGCACUUUAUCCUAAAAUUAUACAGGACAUUGAGACAAUAGAAUCUAACUGGCGUUGUGGAAGACACAGUUUACAGAGAAUCCAUUGCCGGAGUGAAACUAGCAAAGGAGUUUACUGUUUACAAUAUGAUGAUCAGAAGAUAGUAAGUGGCCUUCGAGACAACACUAUCAAGAUCUGGGAUAAGAACACAUUGGAGUGCAAGCGAAUCCUCACAGGACACACAGGAUCAGUCUUGUGCCUCCAGUAUGACGAGAGGGUGAUCAUAACCGGGUCUUCUGAUUCCACUGUCAGAGUAUGGGAUGUAAAUACAGGCGAAAUGUUGAACACACUGAUUCACCAUUGUGAAGCAGUUCUUCAUUUGCGUUUCAAUAAUGGAAUGAUGGUGACAUGCUCCAAAGACCGCUCCAUUGCUGUAUGGGAUAUGGCCUCCCCCACUGAUAUCACCCUGCGAAGGGUGCUGGUAGGACAUCGAGCUGCUGUUAAUGUUGUGGACUUUGACGACAAGUACAUAGUCUCUGCAUCAGGAGACAGGACUAUAAAGGUAUGGAACACGAGUACUUGUGAAUUUGUUAGGACCUUAAAUGGCCACAAGCGAGGCAUUGCCUGUCUGCAGUACAGAGAUAGGCUAGUAGUGAGCGGCUCAUCUGACAAUACUAUCAGGUUGUGGGACAUAGAGUGUGGAGCAUGUUUACGAGUGCUAGAGGGCCAUGAGGAACUGGUGCGCUGUAUUCGAUUUGAUAACAAGAGGAUAGUCAGUGGGGCCUAUGAUGGAAAAAUUAAAGUAUGGGAUCUUGUAGCUGCUCUGGACCCCCGUGCUCCUGCAGGAACUCUCUGUCUUCGGACCCUUGUGGAGCAUUCAGGAAGAGUUUUCCGACUCCAGUUUGAUGAAUUCCAGAUUGUCAGUAGUUCACAUGAUGACACAAUCCUCAUCUGGGAUUUCCUAAAUGACCCAGCUGCUCCAGCUGAACCACCUCGAUCCCCUUCUCGCACAUACACCUACGUCUCCAGAUAAAUAAUCAUACAUUGACCUCACACUUGCACAGGACUCAUUAAAGUUGCGGUAUUUAAUGUAUCUGCCAAUGCCAGGACAAGCAACAACAAAAACAACAACUAUCCAGUUGCCCAGGACUAGCUGAGAAGUGGGGCUUUCAGACUCAUGUUUGAACAGAGUUGGCCUGCGGUCGACCCAGGAUGGUCUGCUCAGCACAGCUGACUGCUAAAGUGCUGCUAUCAGAAGAUGUCUUUUAUCUUUGGUGAAUGAUUGGAACUUUUAAACCCCCCACCACCACCCCACCCCCGCUUCCUUGUUCCUUCUUCCUUUCCCCACUGCACCUGUUUUCCCACUCUUUGGUUGCAGGCACAGAUGACCUAUAAAUAUAUUUAGUGUUUUGCCAGAAUCUCUGUCGCUUUGCUGUUAAGCAGAAGAACCAGUGCCCCUGAGAGAGCCCCUUCUGAGGGACAGGAGGACACUGCUUUGAGCUAGACAGCUUAGCAGCCUCUGCAGACUUUUGAGCUUUGGGAGCAUCUAGCACCUGACUGAGAACCACCAUUAAUGAAGACAAGGCAAAAGUUUCCUAAUGUCUUCUGGGGCUGUCCUGAGUGAAAGGGUGUGUGUGUAUGUGUGUAUGGCAUUUUUGUGGUCUGUUACCACUGGCGUAUCUGGUACAUUGAUCCAAGAUCUCUUGUUUCUUCCUUUCUCUCACUUUCUUUCUCUCUUCCCUCUUCCCAGUUCUCUAACCACUUAGAAAGAAGAUAUAUGACUGUCCUCAGCAUGCUUGAGGUAGAUCAGCUAGAAGAUACCACACUCGAAAGGGUUAAAAAAUUGUUCAGAUAAAGUGUCCAGGCCGAGAUUUUGCUUCAGGUUAUCCCGGUAGGUGAGUCUUUAGUGGAUACUGAGCAUGUAAAAGUGGUACAUAGGAACUUGGCACUCUUCACCUCUUUCCCCCCACCAAAAAAACAGUAAUAUGCCAGCCCUAGUCGUUGCCAGCCCCCAUCUUUGUCUGCCUUUUUUUUUUUUUCUGGACACAGCAGUCUCCCUGAUUCCAUGUAGAGCAUUGGAAGGAGGAACUGAUUACAUUUCCUCUCAUUAACAAUUAGAUGUGUAAUAAAAACAAUUGUACUUCAUCUUAAAUCCCUCAGACUACAAAAAGGGUUUAGAGUGACCAGGGCCAAUCCCUUGGGUGCAUUCAGCAUAACAGCUUACUUCUGCUUAUAUCAGGAUGCUGAGCAGUCAAGUGGUAACAUCAUUCCUGCAAUUGUGAACCAAAUAGUUGAAGAAAUAGUCAAGAGUGAAAAGAUGAUCAAGAUUGCUUUGGGGUUAGUAAAUACCAUCUCCCCCCAAAUAAAAUCUAAUCACUUUAACUUUGUAUUGCAGAAUCUGCCUGCGCUCUUUUCUAAACCAUGUACUUACACAUAAGAUUGAACUACCAUCAAAGAACAAUCAGGCUGAAAUUUGGGAAGCAAAUUUCAACUAAUUGAGGAGAUUGAGAUUGUAUUAGCCAUUCUUCCCCCCUCUUCUUUCCUUUCCCUCCCCACCCCAAACACACACAGAUUUCUCAGGCAAUUAGUUGAUAACGUAAAUGAAUGACCCUCAUUGGUGUCCAAAUUAAAUAGCUGCCUAGAAAGCAUCCAUGUUGGAUCACACCCAGUGACCACGUCUCACGUGACCCUCCAUAGUGUUAGCAAGGACACUGGGGAAUCACAGAAGUUUACUCUACAUGUUCCCAGACCCCGUAACAUGGAAUAUGUGAACUUGCAUGAACCAUCAAACUGGGCUCAGAACAAGCAGGAUAAUCAAGGCCCUACCAUCACGUAUGUCCCUCCUCAAGUUUCUCAUGGAAGCUUAGCCAGCAGAUCCGUCAUUUCCGUUUUUAAUUACAGCUGAUCAAACAAAACAACUUCUCAGGCAAGAGUGAUAGCCUCAAAGUCAGGCAGAAUCAGGAGGCUAUUCCAGGGCUCUUAGAAUCAGGCAUCAGUCAAACACGAGGGCAUCUAGCAUGACUUCUGGAGGUGUGUCCAAAAUGUGGCCUGAAUAGACUCUGGUAGUUGAGUAUUGAUAGAAGAAUUGGAUACACGUAUGUAUGCUUUUCCCUUCCUUAGUAUAUCAGCACACACGCAUUUGUAUUCCAGGUCAUAAGAAGAAAAAUAAUUUUCUAGCACAGAGACUAACCCCUCCGCAAAUGCUGCAAAGGUUGAUUUCCUAGUCAAUCAUUAUUAGGGUCCCUUGUUGGGGUGUCUGCUAAUGACUUUUCACAUAAUUGGUCUUUACUCUUUAAUUAAGGAUUUUGCUGCAGGUGAAAGAGAGGUAUCAGUUCCAAAAUGCAUACAUUUCAAACACUGAAAUAAAUGGACGUGAACUUGUAGCUAUUGCAAAGGUAGCAUACAAUAGCCAUAAUACUAGCCUUCUGCUCUAUGCUGCUCUUUAAUACAGGGGAGAUAAUGGGUCAUAAUUGGUACUGGAGACUUGACUCUAACCCUAGGUCCUUUGAAGGUAUGCUGUUUUCAAGACUUAUCUCAAAGCCUAUUUGGUGUACACCAUAAAGAAACUUCUAGCUUUUAAUGAGAUUGAGCAUGGAUUUGGCAACUUCAGAGCUGUUAGCUCACAGGAGUACAUUCCAUGAACCGUCCUCUCUGCUGAUGAUGGAAAAGGGAAUGAAGUUAAGUGGCCUGAAAAACUUGAAUCUCACAUUUCUGAGCUUUGGGGGUCAUUUACCAGUGCAUUGUAGAAGAAAUAAUCAGGUAAGUAGAAGUUCAUUUCCAGAGAAGGUAAACCCCACUUACCAUCUCUGCAUGAUUUCAACAGGAAUUGAUUUUCACUAAUCCCCAACUGGGCUAGAAUAAACAUAGGGUCUGACCUUUUUAAAAAGAAAAGAGAAAAAAGAAAGUCUCUUAACCUGUUAAAAGGAAUGAUGGGGAAGUAGCUGAAGUAGAAUAAAAUACCUCCAUUGCAGAUGUCUUCUCAUAAAUUUAUAGGAUUCUGGUAUUACUUUCUAAAAUUCCAAAUUUUAGAAAUUCCUUCUUCUAAAGAUGGGGUGAAACUCAUUAAAAGGGAAGCAUGUGCAUGUACACAUGUGCAUGCCCACUUGUUCUCUUAACACAGCCUGAACUGCCUGGACAAAGGUAUAUAAUAUGCCUUGCUGCAAACAUGCUUAUUUUGAAUGCUAGAAGAACUUUUUAUGUUUAAGUCUGCAAUUUAAAAAUGAAUAUGAAGGAAUUGUGAAGGGGAAACCUUAUUAUGCGGCUGUCCCUUGGCAGAGUUCUUUUAGCUAAAUCCUAACAUUCUGAGAGACUCUAAACUGAAACACUGGCAUGUAUUAAUGUCUAUGAUUGUCAUAAAUGUGAAAACCUUUGACCUCUUACUGAAGAGAGUCUGUGGCUACUCCAUGUUGGUCUCCUGCUUGUGUCAGAACGAAUUUCAUCUUUUGAUUUGGUACAAUCAGAAGCUGAAGAUGAAAGAAAUACAUUUCUCUCGCCCAUUUCUCAUUGGUCUGAACACCUGUAGUUGGCAGUUACCUGAUUUAACACAUUUCUUAAGGGAGAAAGAGAUUUUUCAGUAGGGGAAAUUGGAAAGAGUUUAAGUGAUUUUUUUUUCCCAGGAUUGAAUUGGACAUGUUAGAGAUUAACCCUUAUUGAACUAUUGCCCCAUUGCCUCAAGUGAGAGUGAUCCACACCCAAGUCAUGUGGCCUUUGGGACCUAAUCUACAGGUCUGAAUCUAUGGCAGCCAAAUUGCUUACAAAUGGAAAGGGGAAUACCCAGAGUUGACUUCUCACACCUUCACUCUGUUGCAUGGCACACUUUGGUCUUUAUUUCCUGAUCAAGUUUAGUUUUACUCCAUGGCUUUUCUCCCCAUAUAUUUGACCUCCUUAUGUACCUGAGUUAUGUAAACAGGCUUACCAGGACCUGAAAAAAUGAUUUUCUACCUUUCUCUCUGUCUCCCCCAUUCAAACAUGAGAUUUAUCUCCUUCCCCUUUUGACAAAGGAUGCCAUUGUUACAGAGAUGUCAGGUGUCAUCAUUGCAGGCUUCCCUUUCCAUAGCUGAAUCCAUCCUUCCUCUCUUCCUGUAGCUAGUUUCACUAUACUUUGUACCAUUAAAGGUGAAGAUCUUAAGGAGCAUGAGCUGAGUUGAGUGUUGCAUUCCUUUAUACCUUUGCUCAUUGCUCAUAACCAGAAUUUUGGGUACUAAGGAGAGAAAGUGGUAAGUCCAUGAGUGUGGCUAUCUGAUUUCCAAGUGGAGUUCAGAACCUCGCUGUUGGAAGUUUAGCUCAUGUGACCGGAGACUUCCCAGAAAGAGGACAACUGAAAAUUGUUUUCUGACUAAUGCAGCUGGCAACUCAGCUACUUUGAGUAAUAGGGCUUUUCUCUCCGACUUUGAAUGUCAUUGUAAUAUUUUGCUCCACUCCCCCCAACCCCUGCACUUGGCAACUCUUGGCACAAAAGGAACCUAUAGUUUGCUAGGGUGUGGGUGGGCUUGUGCAAUCACCUGGACUCUCUGUACUCAGAAAAAUGCAACCUCCUUUAAUGCUUUCCCAGAUUGGUGAGGAAGUGAGUUCAACCUAAGCUGUGGUUGAAAAGGGGUGUUCAGACAGACUAGAACUAGGAGAAUGGGGCUGAAAGUAUAGAGAUGUGAGGUUUCCUGGGAGAUUUUGGUUUGUUUAGCUUUUUAUUCUCUAGACUCAAGUAACAAGUGCUUUGACUUUUGUGAUUAUGUUAUGGCGAUGUGUAGUUAAUGUACUAAUAUGUUCAAGAGCUAGGAUCAUGGUAAUAGAGUGUGUUUUUUUAACUGUUCAAAAAAAAAGUAACUUAAAUUACAAAUAUAAGAUUAAAUUGUGAGUUUGCUAA